GUCUAAAGAGCGCUCCUCGAAUGAGUAUGCGGGACCUUAAGCGCCUAAUGCUUCACUCCAAUCUUGAAGCUUUACUCCUCAUUACGCUGGAUACAUUGAACCUUUUCUUCCCGUUCAGCUGUAAAACAAACAAAACAUUCGUCUAUGUCAGGAUCCGAGUUGCCAAAGCUCGCGAGGGUGGCGCACGCCGGACAUUGUAAUCGUUGUCUCUCUGCCCUGCCGUCUUCACAUAUUCAGAUCGACGCGUCGAGGCUUGCGAUCGGAUUUUACUGCUUCGGGACGCUAGAUCUACUGGGUUCGAUUUACGAAAAGACGAAGGAGAUAGAGCGAGAAGGGUGGCGAGAAUGGCUCUGGCAUCAGCAAACAAGUGGCAUACAUGGCACGGGUUUCAAACCUAGCUCUUAUAUGACACAAGACAGACCAUAUGGCACAGAUCCUGAAGAGUACUCUGAAUAUGAUACCCCUCACCUGAUUAUGACGUAUACGGCUAUACUCUCAUUAGCGAUCCUCCGAGAUGACUUCGAGCAGCUUGAUCGGAACGGUAUCGUACGCUUUCUACAAGCAUGCCAACGCGAGGAUGGUAGCUUCACGUCCUUUCCGAACGGCGGUGAAUCGGACCUUCGUCAAGUGUAUUGCGCCUUCGCCAUCAGUAGUAUGCUAGAUGACUGGUCAGGCGUAGACGUCGAUCGCGCAGUCUCGUUUAUUCAGCAAUGCUCCAGCCAUGAAGGUGGAUAUGGUCAACAACCAACAGGCGAAGCGUUAGGUGGAACUACCUAUUGUGCUCUCGCAUCGUUGUAUCUUGCACCGUCCGUCUCCGACUUGCAUGCGCCAAAUCCUCAUGUUACUACCGACGAGCGAAGGCGCACAAUUCGAUGGUUACUCCAGAACCAGGCUUCCUCCGGUGGCUUCUCUGGCCGAACGAACAAGGAUGCGGAUGCCUGUUAUUGCUUCUGGUGCGGGGCUUCGCUUCAUAUUCUAGGUGUCGGAGACCUUGUGGACAGGACCGCCUUCCUCUCGUAUCUCGCCAGUUGUCAAUUCAAAUUUGGGGGUAUUGGCAAAGCCCCCGAAGAUCGUCCGGAUCCAUAUCACACCUACCUUUCACUUGCCGCGUUGGCUCUCUUCCCUUUGGAGGAUGCAGAUCCCAGUUGGAAACUUCCAAGACUUAACGCGCUGUGGAAUACGACCGAAGACACUGCUGACUGGAUCCGACAACAUGUCCCUCUGUAUACAGUGAAAGCACAAUCGCCAGUUAGGAAGUAACAGUCGGGAGCAAUGUAUCGCAAUCUACCCGUAUCAUUACACUCAAGCAAGCAAUUCCAAUGCUUUGCUAUAGAGUGAACCUCCAUCAACCUCUGUAAACCAUGUUUGUCUGUUCUAACUUCACAACUCAGCAGUGCCUGCAGCAGGUAGUGCUGAGGCCCACCCGUACCUUAUCAUUGUUCUCUACUGGGAGGUCGAUCUUAUCCGUUUGGCGCUCCCAUGUCCGGUCAUUGUUUCCGGUCAAUCUCACCAUUGCGUCGAGGUGUACAACGUGAUGCCUUGCGUUCCGUAAGGUACUGAAGUGACGAGUGGCCUGGAGCGCAGCUGAAUUGAUGAAAUGAUAUUGUAUUGUGUCUGCUGAGGGCUCUGGGCGGGUUGCGCAUAGUAUUUCAGGAUUUUCAAUCAUGUCUUCACUCGGAAAGUCGGACAUCCCUGCGAAGACAAUACAUUUGCACCCUCGCGCCAGUCACCUACGGCCCUGGCAUAUUUCUUUGCAAGAAAAUGCUUUCGAAUAUUUAAAGGAGCACCGCGUUCAUUGGUAAGAUUAGAAGCCUAGACACUCUGAGAGCUUAUCCUGAUAGAAUGAAACUUCUCCUCUCG